UGUGAGUAUGGGAUGGUAGGUGUCCUUUCAGAGAAGCGAGGCAGCAAAGGAAAAGACUACUGUAUCCUCUUCAACUCUCAGUGGGCCCAUUUGCCACAGGGUCUGGGUAAAGCUUCACUCUUGGAACUGCAGAAUCAGACAGCAUCUGUUUUGUGUUCUUCUUCUGAUGUACCUCAUGGGGGAUUUAAUAAUCAAAUCCCCAUGGUGAUGCGAGGGAAUUGCACCUUCUAUGAGAAAGUGAGGCUUGCUCAGAUAAAUGGAGCUCAUGGGCUGCUGAUAGUAAGGGUUCCUCCUGGGGGCAACAGGAGUCAAUACGAAGAGAUUGAUAUUCCUGUGGCUCUGCUCAGCUAUGAUGAUGUCAUGGUUUGAGCAUAUGAUAUGUUAGAUAUUCGCAAGAAUUUUGGCACCCAUGUGAGAAGGGCACUGUAUGCACCAAAUGAGCCUGUGCUGGACUAUAAAGUGAUUUUAUUAGUCAUGGCUGUGGGGACUGUUGCAAUUGGAGGCUACUGGGCAGGAAGCAGAGACGUUAAAAAGCGGUCCAUGGAGCACAAACGUGAUGAUGGCACAGAGACAGAUGAUGAUGAAACAGCUGGUGUGACUCUCAUAAUGAUCUGUGUGUCUGUAGUGGUGUGCUGCUCAAUGCUGAUCCUCCUUUAUUUCUUCCCUGACCACUUAGUCUACGUUAUCAUAGGAAUAUUCUGCCUGGCUGCAUCAAUUGGUCUUUACAGUUGUCUGUCACCCUUUGUAAGAAGGUUCCCCUUGGGAAAGUGUAGAAUCCCAGACAACAACUUGCCUUAUUUCCACAAGCAGCCACAGGUCCGGAUGUUGCUGCUGGCAGUAUUUUGUAUCUCUGUCAGUGUAGCCUGGGGAGUCUUCAGAAACGAAGAUCAGUGGGCCUGGGUUCUGCAAGAUGCUUUAGGAAUUGCUUUCUGUCUUCAUAUGCUGAAAACAAUUCGCCUGCCUACAUUUAAGGCUUGUACCUUGUUCCUCCUGGGUUUUUUUGUGUCUGAUGUAUUCCUUGUAUUUAUCACACCUUUUCUAACAAAGUCUGGAGAGAGUCUAAUGGUGGAGGUGGCUGCAGGUCUGACUGAUUCUUCCACUCAGGAAAAGCUCCCCAUGGUCCUGAAUGUUCCACGCCUGAACUUGUCACCCUUGGCUCUGUGUGACAGGCCUUUCUCUCUUCUAGGAUUUGGAGACAUUUUAGUUCCAGGUGUACUGGUAGCCUAUUGCCAUAGAUUUGAUAUCCAGGUGCAGUCAUCCAGAGUGUAUUUUGUAGCCUGCACCAUAGCAUACGGCAUAGGCCUCCUUAUGUCUUUUGUUGCCUUGGCAAUGAUGCAGAUGGGCCAACCUGCUCUCCUCUACCUGGUGCCCUGUACCCUCUUCACAAGCUUUGCUGUGGCUUUUUGGAGAAAGGAGCUUGGAAUGUUCUGGACGGGCAGCGGCUUUGUAAAAGACCUAUCUCAGCCUCCCUUGGUGGAGCUACCCAAAGACAGCGAUGUACCAGCGAUGUACCAAAAGCAAAUGAUCAAUGUCACCCUCUGUGUGAAGGAGCCGCAAGGCCCCACCUCAGCUGCAGAGGAACUGGCUGAUACCACCACAAAGAGGGACCAGUCAGAAAUUUCUAUUACACAGAGUGAGGAGGAACCAGCUGAUGAGAAUAUGGACAAUGGUGAAAGCUAA